UUGCAGGUGGAAGCACUCAAUGCUUCGAAAUUAAAAACUUUCAAGAAAUGUGACAGCUCGUAUCUCUUUUCGGUGUACACGGAUAAGCCUAAAGACGGUACGUUUUAUGUUGUAUAUGUGGCGCGAUCAUUGAAUGUUUGGCGUACGGGAAGCAAGGAGGAAGCAACGCGGCUGAGAGAUCGGCUGAACAAACUAAAGCCACUUAUCAGUGCACUAGAAAAGGCGGACUCAAAAACUUUCCCGAAAGAACUGGAGCAACUGCGACAAUCUGUACAGAACAAUCAUACUUAUGGCAAUAUACAUCACGCUGCUGCUUGCAAUUUCGCCAGCAUUAUCAGAAAACUCUGUGAGAAUAAGCAACACGAAAUUGUAGUGAACGAAGCAACUACUGACGGAUGUUUUCCAUUGCAAAUUGCGGUGGCCAACGAAGCCAAGGAAUCAGUUCAAGAGUUGCUUCGUCUUGGGGCCAGUGCGACCAAACCGGACUGUCAUUUACGGAAUGCGAUUCACUACGCCGCCGAGCGGGAUCCAGAAAUUCUAGAGGUGUGA